AUGGCCGAUGACAUCGACUCAAAUAUCUACUAUCUCAAGCAAGAAGGAUAUCCUCUGACCGAGCAAACGUUGGAAGCACCCCCGGCCGCUCCCAUCGUCAAUGCAGAGGAACCUCAACCUCCCAAGCAAAAGAAACCCCGUCGUCGCAAGGAUGAUCCGGAGCCAGAAUAUUCCGAGCAGGUCAGGAGUGAACAGAUACGGAAGAAGGUAAAAUCGGAACGGUCCCGCCAUGCCUGUGAUAGGUGCAAGAUAAAGAAAACACGCUGCCUUGUUCUGAAUGAUAGCCAAGCAUGUUUUCCUUGUUUGCAAGAUGACCUUGACUGCUUCGUCACUGACCGCGUUACCAACCAAACGUUCAAGCUUGGUGAGGCGGGCAGGAUGAGGGAUCGAAUUGCUGAGCUGGAGGAAAAAGUCACUGAGCUGGAGGAGAAGAUUGUUGAGCUGGAGAUAGGGUUGAACACCUCGGAAUUCAUUGCUAAGAUUAACUGCUUGGAGGAGGAGAAUGCUGCUCUUCUAAGUGAGAAUCUUCGGUGGAGAGAGGGACUGAGAUUCUUGAAUGACUCCUGGGAGGGGAUUGGUACUGAUUCCUUCCAUUAA